AUGAAAAUAAUUAAUAAAGAAGAUUUCUAAUCUAGUUUCAGAAACUAAUGUGCGAAUAAUUAGGUAUUAUAUUGAUUCUAGAUUUGAAAGCUUCUAGUAUAAGCAGAAAAAGCAUUAAGUGGAUAGUAUUUAUUCUUAAAUAAAUUUUAAGGAGGUUCUUUUUCAGAGAAAUUAGCAAUUACUUUAUUCUUUGUAGGUUUAUAAUUCAUAAAGUUUACGCUUGUAGUUUAUAAUACUAAUUAUUUGAAUCCUAUUUCUCAUAUCUUCCUUCAGAAAUAAUAAAAUUCAGGACUUGAACUAAUUGGACAAUUUUUGUGA